CAACGUUUGCUUACGUUUAUCGCAUGUGUGCCACCGGCAGACCGCGACAGUGCAGAGAAAUAAGUUGAAAUAUACAUUACGAUCCAGACGAUCCGGGAAAUGGCAGCGACGAUGGCGAACGAACGGAAGGGAACGUUCAAGGUGGAAUACCUGCAGAAAAUCGAACGGGACAUUCAGGAGCGCUGGCAGCGAGACAAAGUGUACGAUGUAGAUGCACCGAAAGAGCCACGCCAGCGGGAUGAUGAAAAGUUCCUGGUUACCUUCCCGUACCCGUACAUGAACGGGCGGCUUCAUCUGGGGCAUGCGUUUUCACUGUCGAAAGCGGAAUUUGCUGUGCGGUACCAUCGGCUCAAAGGACGGAAGGUGCUGUUUCCGCUCGGUUUCCACUGUACCGGUAUGCCGAUAAAGGCGUGCGCGGAUAAGUUGAAGCGUGAGAUCGAGCUGUACGGUUGUCCACCGGUGUUCCCGCGGGAGGAAGCAAUGGUGGUGGAAAAACCCGAGGAUCGUGAUGUCGUGCCCAAAGAUAAGAGCAAAGGGAAGAAAAGCAAAGCGACGGCAAAAGCAGGCACGGCAAAGUUCCAGUGGCAGAUUAUGCAAAGUUUGGGGCUGGGAGACGAGGAGAUUGCCAAGUUUGCCGAUACGGAUCAUUGGUUGGAGUAUUUCCCACCGCUGGCUAUAAGGGAUCUAAAGGAGCUUGGUGCUCACAUCGAUUGGCGGCGUACGUUUAUUACGACGGAUGCGAAUCCGUUCUACGAUUCGUUUGUACGCUGGCAGUUUAAUCAUCUGAAGGCGCGUGGGAAGAUUAUGUACGGAAAGCGUCACACGAUCUACUCGCCGAAGGAUGGACAACCGUGUAUGGAUCACGAUCGGUCUUCCGGUGAGGGUGUUGGACCACAAGAGUACACACUGAUCAAGAUGAAGGUGACAGGCUCGCUGCCUACGAAGUUGGCGGGUGUGGUUGGUAAGCGGCCAGUUUUUUUGGUGUGCGGUACACUGCGCCCGGAAACGAUGUACGGACAGACGAACUGUUGGGUUCAUCCGGAUAUUCAGUACAUAGCGUUCGAAACGGUCAAACAAGAAGUUUGGGUCUGUACGAGGCGUGCUGCACGAAACAUGGCCUACCAAGGAUUUACGACCGUUGAGGGUGAACUGAAGGAGCUCGCGGAACUUGCUGGACAGGACAUUAUGGGACUGCAGUUGUCAGCACCGCUCACAUCUAACAAGGUAAUCUACACCCUUCCGAUGCUUUCGAUCAAGGAGGAUAAAGGAACCGGCAUCGUAACGUCCGUCCCAUCGGAUUCUCCGGACGAUUAUGCCGCACUGGUAGACCUCCAGAAGAAACAACCCUUCCGGGAGAAGUACGGCAUCACGGACGAGAUGGUUCUACCGUACCAACCGAUCCCGAUCAUCGAUGUGCCCGGUUUGGGCAAUCUGUGCGCGGUCUACGCCUACGAUAAGUUCAAGAUCCAGAGCCAAAACGAUCGUGAAAAGCUUAUCGAAGCGAAGGAGCUGGUCUAUCUGAAAGGAUUCUACGACGGUGUGAUGCUGGUCGGUGAGCACAAGGGCAAAAAGGUGCAGGACGUGAAGAAGGACCUCAAGCAGUAUCUGGUCGAACGGAACGAGGCGGAUGUUUACUACGAGCCGGAAAAAACCAUCAUGUCCCGAUCUGGAGACGUUUGUGUGGUCGCUCUGUGCAAUCAGUGGUAUCUGAACUAUGGGGAGGAAGUAUGGCAAAAGCAAACGACCGAUCAUCUUCACACGAUGGAGCUGUUCCACGAGGAAGUCUCGCGCAAUUUCGAGCACUGUCUCGAUUGGCUGCACGAGUACGCCUGCUCGCGUACGUACGGUCUCGGCACGAAGCUCCCGUGGGAUCAACAGUGGCUCAUCGAAUCACUUUCGGACUCAACCAUCUACAUGGCAUUCUAUACCGUCGCUCAUCUCCUGCAGGCUGGUUCGUUCCGGGGAGAAAAACCAAGCCCGCUUGGCAUCAAACCAGAUGACAUGACGCCAGAAGUUUGGGACUAUAUUUUCUUCGCCGAUGCGAAAUUUCCAGCAAAAAGUCGGGUCAAACGUGAAGCUUUCGAUCAGCUGAAGCGAGAAUUCAACUUCUGGUAUCCGGUCGAUCUGCGUGUUUCCGGCAAAGAUCUCAUCCAGAACCAUCUGACGUUCUUCCUGUACAAUCACGUUGCGAUUUGGCCGAAAGAACCGUCCAAAUGGCCCAAAGGCGUACGGUGCAACGGUCAUCUGUUGCUUAAUUCGGCGAAGAUGUCCAAAUCCGAUGGAAACUUCCUGACGCUGUACGAAUCGAUUGCCAAGUUUAGUGCGGACGGUACACGUCUGUGUCUUGCCGAUGCAGGCGAUAGUAUUGAGGAUGCUAACUUUGUCGUAACGAAUGCGGAUGCUGGCAUCCUACGCCUUUACACCUUCAUCGAGUGGGUAAAGGAAACGCUCGCCUCCAAACCACUGCUCCGGAAAGGACCCGCUGAUGCAUCGAUUAAUGAUGAAGUAUUUUCGAGCGAAAUGAACCUACUUACCAAACAAACGGACGAGUACUACCGUAAGAUGCUCUUCAAGGAAGCACUCCGGACAGGGUUCUUCGAGUUCCAGACUGCUCGGGACAAAUAUCGCGAACUUUGCGGGUCGAACGGUAUGCACGCGAAUCUGGUGAUGGAAUUCAUUCGCCGACAGGCACUGCUAAUUGCUCCGAUCUGUCCGCACGUGGCCGAACACAUCUGGUGCGAUCUGUUGGGUAACAAGAGCUCCAUCCUGCAUGCAUCCUGGCCAGCGGUUGGUGAGAUCGAUGAGCGAAAGAUUAAAUGUUCCGCCUAUUUCAUGGAAGCGGCCCAUUCGUUCCGUUUGUCACUGAAAAAUGUUACCCAGCAGAAGGCAGGUGGUAAAGGAGCUCCGAAAGCGCUGGCCGCCAAACCAAGCGAUGGUACAAUCUGGGUGGCGAAAACGUUCCCACCGUGGCAAUCCUGUGUUCUGGACACGAUGCGUGAACUUUAUGAGCGCGAUGGCAGCUCAACCCUUCCGGACAACAAGAUCAUUGCAACCGAGCUGGGCAAAAAGGAGCUGCUGAAGAAGUACAUGAAGCGUGUGAUGCCUUUCGCACAAAUGGUCCGCGAGCGUGUGGAAGCGGUCGGAGGACCCGGUAAGCAGGCAAUGGAUGUAACGCUGGAUUUUGAUGAGCGUGAAGUGUUGGAGCAGAAUUCAGAGUAUCUGCUGAAAACGCUCGAACUGGAUACACUUACCGUCCGGUACACGGACGAACCGGAUACGCCGGAAAAGAUGCGCGAAGAGGUACGACCGGGUGUGCCGUUUAUCGUAUUUACGGUGAAACCGUUCGUUACGGUAACGCUGGAGAAUCCGGUUGAACGGUCCGGUUUGUUUACGGUCACGAUGAACCUGUCCGAUGGCGAUACAAGCAAAACGCUCAAGGAAAAGCUAGCCAAGCAAAUCGGAUUUAAAGCUGAUCUAUCUGCACUGGAAAUUAUGCGAUACGAAGAUCCGGUACUCGGUCCGCGCAGUCUGCCCGCAUUCCAGGACUAUCGGUCGGGUAAGGUCACCAUUGAGGAGGGCGAAUUUAGGGUGGAAACUGAAAAGAAGCAAGUGCUACUGAGCAAUGGCACCUUCAAGGAUAUGAACAUCGGUACGAAUUUUAUCUACGUUAUCAAUUGAGGUUGGUCG